UAUUCCAAGGACCAGUCAAUCGGGAAUGAACUCUAUUCCCUUUAUGAGGGCUGAAGGUUUGCCAGCCCAGCUGAAGUGCAUUCACACCAAUGCACGCAGCAUGGGCAAUAAGAAGGAGGAGUUGGAAGCUAUUGUAGGGCAAGGUGACUACGAUGUCGUUGCCAUCAUGGAAACGUGGUGGGACAACUCAUAUAAGUGGAGUGCAGCCAUAGGGGGGUAUAAACUCUUCAGGCGUAGGAAGGGUAGGAGAGGAGGUGGUGUAGCCCUCUAUGUUAGAGAGUGCUUUGAUACCGUAAAGCUCAGUUACAGUGAGGAAGGGACUGAGUGCCUGUGGGUUAAAAUCAGAGGUGCCCACAAGAAGGCAGACAUUGUGAUGGGAGUCUGUUAUAGACCAUGCAGCCAAGAAGAAGCAGCUGAUGAGCUCUUCUAUAAACAGCUGGGGAUAGUCUCUAGAUCGCUACCUCUUGCCCUCAUGGGAGACUUCAAUCUUCCUGAUACCUGCUGGAAGUACAAUACAGCAGAAAGGAAGCAGUCUAGGAGGUUCCUGGAGUGCGUGGAAGACAACUUCCUCACACAACUGGUGCCCCAGGCAGAUGGCCAUCCUUCCUGGCUGAAUGGUGACGGGCUUUCUCCAGGCUGGCGAGAAUGUUGUUCCAUAGGACCAUCCAGUCAAGGAGGACACGUGAAGGGACCUUCCACCAUGUUCUUCUAA